AUGAGUCGCGAACACACCAAAGCGGCUCACUACAUACAGCAGCUGGACGAGGCUCGCUGUCAUGGCAAUUGGGAUGUGGUGCCAGAGUUGCUGCGAAAGGUGAAGAAACACGCGCCCAAUCGAACCUGUUUGGCAUUGACCGUUGAGUGCGAACUGGCGAUCCAAGACGCAUCUUCGACACGCCCAACUUCGUCCCAUCCAGGUACCGCAGCCACCACAACAAACCCGAUCUCUACGCCGACGCCAUCGUCGCACCUUGCACGUUUUGCGCCCCUGCUGGCUGAAGCAAUUGGGCGGGAAAGGAGUUAUGUCGAGGAUGGAUUUCAAGCAGAAGUGUGUUUGGGAUGGUUGCACUGGCAGCUUGGACAUUCAGAGUUAGCAGUCUCAGCGUUGUCGAGCAGCAUAGAAAAGGAAUUCUCGCAACUCGACGGCACAGGAAAGGAAUCGACGGGGUGGACUAGAGUAUGCGCGCUAAAAGCGUCGUACAUCAAGGGCACUGCCCAGGUUCGGACUGGUGCUGUCGCUGAAGCGCUGGAAACGUUCGAGUCCGCCCUGCCCAUACUGUCUAGUGAUUCGUCGCUCUCGUCCCAAGCACGAGAGCUACGAUCAUGGACGGAGCUCUUUCUGACAGGGUUCUGCAUGCUGUCGAGCCAUUUACUAAAGUCCAAAAUAACAUCGACUCUGGAAACGGGAGCGCUAUCUGCGUUCCGCGCCUGGUCGAAGUUUUGGGACUCACAAGCAUCUAGCCCCCAAGGUGGUCGAGCCAUAGGGGCGGACGUUCCUAGAAGUCGAGUUUGGAAAGAAUAUUAUGUGACCCUGUCAGAUCUCUUGCAGCAAGAAUUACCGUUUCCUACCACUUCACUCGCGACCGUGUACGUCGAAACAUCAACUAGAUUGCAGCAGCGAGCCGAGUUGAAGCGCGUGGAAUCAAACUAUGAGACGUUACUGCUUAACGAAGUCCAAUUCCCACAAGCAGAGCAAGCGAGCGAAGAAGUUGAGGUUUUUGUGGAGAUUGUCAUGGAGAAUUGGAGAGUCUUGUGUGGCAGCAACUGGAAAGAGCAUGCUUUAGGAGAAGGGGGUUUCGAAGCCGUGAGCAGAGGCGUGCUUGACAUUUUAUACCGAGCUGCCACUAAAACUUUUCACUCUACUCCUAUUCUUAGGCAUCUUUUCGCGGUCCACUUGGCAAUCGCAGAGUUCGAUUUGGCUUUGAGGGCUUUUGAUACUUAUUUGGAAAUUGUAAAGAAAGGCAAGGCAAGAGUAGAAAAAACAGGAGUGCCCGAGCACAACCUGGAUUCCGACACUAUUGUUUUGAAGACCAUCUCGGAGUGUAUCGAAGCGCUGUGCCGAUAUGGUACCCGUCAAGGCGCUGAGAAGGCGAGAGAGCUGGGCUCUUAUCUUGAAGAAUGGCUAGAAAGUCACCAAUUGGCAGGACCCUCAAGCGGACAAUCUGCUGCAAGUCAAAACUCGAUGGUUAGUGCUACAAAAGUCAAUCCAGAAACCAUCUCCCUUACGUGGCGAUCAAUUGGCAUUUGCCAUGCUCAAAGUGCUCGCAUCACUUACGACGCACCGUCAAGAGGAGAGAUGCAGCUAAGAGCAAUUCGAUGCUUCAAGAGAUCGCUUUCACCUGAAUACCACUGCUCGAAAGAUUUGGAAACUUUAUUUGCACUAGGAACCGUGUUGGCGGAGCGAAGAGAGUUAACUGCUGCGACUGAAGUAAUUAAGGCAGGCUUGCUUCCACAAGCAAAUGCAAUGACAAAAUCUAUGCAUGGGCAUGGUGCCCAGAUAGGACAGUUCACAAGAGAGCGAAAGUUGAUACCGUUAUGGCACUUGAUGGCGCUAUUGCUUAGUGCCAAGCAGGAAUUUCUCACUGCUGUGAAAUCCUGUGAAGGCGCUUUCGAGCAAUUUCAGGACCCUAAGUAUCUUUUUGGCGAAAAAGACCCUGGAUCGCCCUUUCGUAGUGAGCAUUUGAACGAGAGGACUUUCUCACAGAGUUCUGGUCUUGUUGAUGACAUGGAUGAUUUUGAAAAAGAGUCGGUUCUUGAAUUGAAAAUGACACAAUUAACCUUAAUAGAGGUCUUAGAAGGACCUGAAAUCGCUGUGAACGCAAGCGAUGAACUUCUAAGUCUUUAUUCUAGACUGUUCGGCGAUGCCCAAAAAGAGCUCUCCACAUCAGUGGCUCCAGGAACCGCAAUGCCGCCCAAGAGCGCAGUGGGCACCACCCGCAGUAUUCGAGGUAGCAUAUUUGGAAGAACUGGACGCUCGUUGAGGAAAGCAAACCCUACUGCUCUUACACUCGAUGAUGUAGACGAGAGCAAUGACCAUAGGCGCCCACAGACGACUCAAACUGUGGCAAGCACAAUUGCUCCGACAAUUCAGGUUACUAGCGAUGCCGGGCCUGUUGGGCCCAGUGCUUCACAAAAAGAAUCACACCGCCAUGAAAGGCUUCAGAAGCGUAAUGACAGUAUGUCUAGGAAGAGAAGCACGAACACGCGGAAUCGAAGCAGUAGUGCUGCCCGUGCGGGCCAGCUUAAAACCAUAAACAGUCGUAGCAGGUCACCCCGACGUGCAGUCACGGCUCUGGAUGGCGAGAGUAGCCGACUCCCUUUGAGAGAAUCGUCUCAGAAAGUUUGGACCAACGAGACGGAACAAGGCGGGAUUGGUAUUGCUGUAGCUGCGGCGUCUCCCUCGACGGAUUCUCACAAAAUGCCAUCCUCGAAGCCCCUGCCGCCCGACUCCCAACAGAUGGAGCACAAAGAAAAGUCACUCAAGCCUGCACAUAAUAACCCCUCAAUUGCCCAAGAUUCUCGCUUACCUCGCGUCUCACGCUAUUCGUCCUCGACGGGGCCUAUCACUCGAUUUCCUAAAGAACAGCAAAGGCGACGGAGGAUCGCCAUUUUGACAAAUGUCUGGCUACUGAUUGGUAGCUUUUAUCGUAAGGCUGGUCUAUUCGAGGACUCGAAGGCGGCACUUGGAGAAGCAGAAAAACUGGUCGAGAGCCUGCAGAGUGAGACGUUAAAAGAUCUGGGUGCUCCGGUAUCCGUGCAGCAUGCUGGCUGGGGUGGUGGCAAAAGUGUUGGUGAACUCUGGGGUGAUAUUUUUUCAGAGCGCGGAUUUCUUGCUGUCUCGGAAAACUCACCACAUAAGGCUCUCGAAAACUUCGAGUCUGCAUUAACGAACUUUGCGGAUCACCCCUCUGCAAUUGUGGGCUUGUCUAACCUCCUUCUCGACAUCUAUACUGGGGACUUAACUUCACUCUCUGCAACACCUACGUUUAUAAAACCUGGGAAACACCAGACUGUGUCUGCGUCAACCAUAAACAGCCCUAUUGCUUCAUUAAAUAUACAAGAAACCUCGUUCAAUGUCAACGAGCACCUUUCCCUGCCUCAAAUGGCGUCUGCAGGGCCUCUGGGCUUACCCAAUCCAAAAUUGGUACCCCUUUCCGAUGUUCUGCAACCUGCCCCAACAAAAAUAAGUCCCUCCAGUCAAGCUGUCGUCUCAAAGGAGCCUUCGACUUUAGACUUAGAUCGACUAGCAGCGAGAGAUCGAGCGUAUGGCCUGCUUACUGGACUGACCAAACUUGGCUCUGGAUGGAACAACAGCGAAGCGUGGUUUGCGCUUGCCAGGGCCUACGAAGAGGGUGGACAGCCUGAGAAGGCUAGGGAGGUUUUAUGGUGGUGCGUUGAGCUGGAAGAUGCUAAGGCCGUGAGGUCAUGGACGGUUGUAGGAAGUGGGGGAUAUGUGCUCUGA